AACACGGGCCGCUCCAUCCGGCCCCCGUUUCCAAGGCGACCGCCGCUGAGGCUCCUCUGAUUGGCCGGCUGACAUAAUGUAUCCAAUGAAACGCCUCCAGUUUGUAGCCAUUCAGCAGCCUGGCGCCGCAGAGAGAGCACCUAGACAGACUGCAGAGCAGCGAUUCACACAGCAGACAGAGUGAGAACAGUCCGCAUCCGCAGGCAGAAAUAGACGCGCAUAACCCGCAUGGUUCACAUCCAGAGACACUGAGCACCGCACAUACUCCGCAUCUCCAAAAAGGACAUCAGAGGAGGAAGAGCAGUUGCGUUUGGAGCCGUGAAGUUAUAUAAGAGCAGAGCUGCUGUGACUCAUUGAUAAAUAACACGGGCUUUCUCCGACCAGAUGCAUGAAUGACCGCCAGUGAAGGCAACACGCAGUCUGGGAAUCUGUGAACGAGACGCGCGUUUUGUUGAUCCGUUUACGGGACAUUGAAGGACAUUUGGAGUGAGAUUGUAUGUGUCUUAUUGUAUGCACUUUAGAUUUUUUUGACACCAUUGUCACUAGUGUUGCUGCGGGCCCUCCAAGCAGCGGACUGAACAAGAAAUCCCAGACAGAUUUUGUUUUGGUGUCUUGCUUCCCUCCCGCUGCAGCCAGGACCUCUCCAAACCUCGCUUCUUCAGAUCAUUUUCACUCCUGCUUAUAAAUGCUGGACAGGCUCAAGCCCGUCAUCCAGAUCGACUCAGUAAUGGCGAUCAGCAAGACUGUGGGAUGGCUCCGGGAGCAGCUGGAGACGCGCAGGGACGGCCUGCUUGUGAUGGACUGCCGGGCCCAAGAGCUCUACGAGUCUUCGCACGUCGACACGUCCAUCAAUGUGGCCAUACCGAGCCUCAUGCUCCGCCGGCUCAAGAAGGGCAACCUGCCCGUGCGGUCACUUCUCUCCAACGGAGAGGACCGGGAGAAGUUCGUGCGGCGGUGCAAGACGGACACCAUCGUGCUGUACGACGAGUAUAGCCGGGAGUGGAACGAGAAUGUGGACGGGGGCUCGGUGUUGGGUUUACUGCUGAGGAGGAUGAAGGACGAAGGCUACAAGGCCUAUUACCUGGAGGGUGGCUUCAGUAAAUUCCUGGCCGAGUAUCCAACUCUGUGCGAAACCAACCUGGACGGCUCCUUCAACACCAGCUCCCCCACCGCCCAGGUGCUGGGCCUCGGCGGGCUGCGGAUCAGCUCUGACUCCUCUGACAUUGAGUCGGACAUUGACCGGGAACCGAGCAGCGCAACAGACUCUGACGGCAGCCCGCUGUCCAACCCGCUGCCCUCCUUCCCGGUGGAGAUCCUGCCGCAUCUCUACCUGGGCUGCGCCAAGGACUCCACCAACCUGGACGUGCUGGAGGAGUACGGCAUCAAGUACAUCCUGAACGUGACUCCCAACCUGCCCAACCUCUUUGAGAACGCAGGGGAGUUCAAGUACAAGCAGAUCCCCAUCUCGGAUCACUGGAGCCAGAAUCUCUCGCAGUUCUUCCCGGAGGCCAUCAGCUUUAUUGAUGAAGCUCGAGGUCAGAAGUGCGGCGUCCUGGUACACUGCCUGGCCGGCAUCAGUCGCUCCGUCACAGUGACGGUGGCCUACCUGAUGCAGAAGCUCAACCUGUCCAUGAACGACGCCUACGACAUCGUCAAGAUGAAGAAGUCCAACAUCUCCCCCAACUUUAACUUCAUGGGCCAGCUCCUGGACUUUGAGCGCACGCUGGGUCUGAAGAGCCCAUGUGACAACCGUAUAGCGCCGCCGACACAGCAGCUCUACUUCACCACCCCGACCAACCACAACGUCUUCCAGCUGGACCCCCUGGAGUCCACGUGAGGUCUGCUGUCACCACCCAUCUCCUUGCUGGAGGAUUUGUGGGCCUCCUGUUGAAAAAGCUGCAAAAAGUUUCUCUUUUUUCUGCCGUCUGCCAUCGGACUGGGCUCUUAUUGAUACAGCUGGUUUGAGGCGACUGCUGCUGAGCGUGGUGACUGGAGGGCCGAAGCUGUCUGGCCAAGCCGCCGCUGCCGCUGCUGACUAAAUGAGGAGAGACAGUUAAAGAGACAGAGACGGUAACGAGGAAGAGAAUCACUUAAAGAGUGCAGAUACGUUCUUCAACCUUAUAUCGCUGUCGGACUCCUGAGGUCUUAUAUCUCUUAUUGUCAUUGUGUCUGAAGAAACUGAAAGUGAUUUAUCGGACAGCUGUCCGUUCUGCUUCAAAGCUCCCGGGCUGGUGUGCCAAAGAGACGUGAUUGUUCAAACUGGACACAUCUAAAAAAAAAAAAAAAUGAAACUCUUUUUGUUUUGGGGGGUCCAGCACUGGGCUCCCCCAAGACGCCAGGGUGCGUUGUCUCCUUCGUCUUCUGAGAAGACUUGCCUGUGUGGGGUUGAUGCACCCCAGCUUUAGAUGGCACACUAUAUACUGGACUCAAUUUUGCAUUUGUGGAGUCUUUUCAAACAUUUAUACAUUGUGUAUAUAUCUUAAUAUAAAUGACAAUACAGUAAAAGCCUUGCUUUAGUGUAUACCCUUUGCAACAAGUGGGUACAGAAGAUGCUCCUAUGUUUCAUAUUCUACUUUUAUGUAAGCAAACAAACUGCAUAUUGAUCAGUAUGUUUAAGUUGAUUAUGCCAAAAAUCAAGUAGGCUUUCUAAGAAUUGUGCAAAAAUGUGUACAUGUGUAAUAUAUUUGAUAAUCGCUUUACGUGUGAACUCGGCCGUCGGGCCUUGUUUUUGCACCCACCCUCUCACAAAUCAAAGUCACCUCGGUUGUUUGCCUUACUUUUGUGCUCAGAAGGUUUUUAUUGUGCAUUAGCCUUCAGAGAGAUUCAAGUGUUCUCAGCUCUACAGUAUCCCAAAUGUAUUAAUGUUCACACAAAAAGAUUUAAUGAACAUGUACUCACUGGAUCUCUGAAGGUUAAUGUGAGUAAUCCUGAUCUGUGCACAAGGGGUGGAAGUCUCUGACAUGUGGACAAAGAUAGGAGGCUUUGCUCACCGCGCCUCUUCAGGGAAAACUCUGUGAAAUGCAGUUUUUAUUUGUCAAGAUGAAAGAAAAAGAAUCCAGAGCUUUGGAGGGCCGUGUUGCCCCUCUACAGAAAAGGCCAUUUUCCAGAGGAAGCCAUCUUGCUGACCUCUGCCAACCCCCUCCACUUUCCUCUCUUACGAAUGUAAAGAAAAUAUAAGUUAUUAAUAAAUUGCUAUUUUGUCUACA